ACUGUAAUUAAGACUACAGUAUAUGUGGUGUUAUAAAGAACAUUAAGACUUUAGAUUAGCAUCGAGUGUCUUGUUGGGCAAAGGAGUGUGUUAUUCCUUGUAUCUGUUUUUCAAGGAAGUCAGGGUCUUAAUGAUGUCAUAGUGUGAACUGAGAUGUGGGGCUGGUCGACAAAUGCAUCAGCAGAUUUAUGAGAGAGUGAGCGCUAUGUUGUGCACUUCCUGUGCCUGACAUUUAGAGAAUGGAUAUGCAUUAACAUAAUUUUUGGAGCGGUGAUGUUAUAACAUGAGGUGGAUACGGUGUUUAUGCAUGAUGUCCCAGGAACAAAUCCAUAUGACUUAUGUAAUCCUUUGGCUUUUCCUCUAACACCACUAUCAGAUCCAUCUUUUGAAAUAUCUAUGGAAAUGUGACACAAUUUUCAAGAUUAAUUGACACACAGAGAUUUUGUACAGGUGGCCACUGACUUCUUCCCAUGAAAGUGACAUUUGUAGUUUAGUUAGUAAAAUUUAUAACAUCUAUGCAUACCCCUAUGUACUUUGUAUUCAGUGCAAAAUGACAGCUAAGGUACAGUAGCUGAAACCUUCUAAAUAUUAAAAUAUGUGUGCAUGCUCCCAUAAGAUGUUAAACAUUUAGAUCCUUUCCUGUAUUUAAAUUAUAGUAACAUGUAUAGUCAUACAAUUAUAAAAAUUAGAAAUAUCAGCUGAGCAUUUCUUCCUAAUAAAGUGUAUAUAUUUUUUCCACAUUGACUUUUUUGGGGGAGAAAUGUUGUCACAGUUUGCGCUCAUCAAACUAUAAAAUGAGUAUUCAGCUCAGUGAGGCAGUAUUGUUUUGACUGCACAGUGCUGAUGAUGUAAUUUCACGCAGUGUCCUGCUCAACAGAAGUUUCUUUCCAUCCUAUUCUUGUGCUCUCUCUGAUGCAGUGACGUCAAAGUGCAAACGAUAGGUGCUCUGACUCUGAACAAGCAGCUUGUGUGGUUGAACACUCCCUCUCACAUGCCAUCUGCUCUUACCCGAGCCCUGGGCACUCGUGCCAAAGGGGACCUACGAACAUAGAGACCUUUUUGUCGUCACCGAGCUGGCCUCGUCUGCCUCAGUGCCAUGCAAUCUGGUGCAUGGCACUGAUCACGGCUCACUUUCAGGCCUGCUUCAGUCCAAUCUAUGGGGGGAAAAUGCUUAUUCUGAGAGCCAAAGGGCUUAACACACCCCUUGUGCUUUUGUGUCCUAUGUGAGCCAAGUCAAGAUGGGUUUCUGAUGUUAAUGGAGGAUUGUAAUGGUUUCCAUUGCAGAUGCACUGAUAUUCUCUCUUCUCUGAAUUCUUUUCAUUUAUAUAAGUAUAAAAAAAGAGAAAAGAAAUCUAUUACCAUGAUAAAGCACUAUUUAAUCAUAAUAUUUAGUUUUAAAGAUUUGGAAAUACAAAUUUUGGCUAUACUUUUAUUUUAAUCCUUAGGUUGCAGUGCCACCUCAUUUUACCCCACCUCAACACCAAGCUAUUGUUCCAUCCAGUCGGUGCUGGUCUGUACAUGCAGCACCAUGUGAAUGCCUGAAAGCCUACACAGGUCAGGACAUUGUCAACAGCCUUGAGAUGGCUUUUGUCUAACACAAAUACAGCUUCUCCUGCAUCUUUGGCACUUUCUAGAAAAGAAAACUGCUCUCCGCCUACCCCAUAGGAUUUUCUCACAUGAAUGGUAAUGACCUUUUCCUGCUUUCCAAUGAGUGUGAAUGACUGAGUGUAGAAAACUCUCUUUCACAAAAAGUCAAUUAAGUCAUAAUUGGUAUUUUGAAAAGCAAAAAAACAUUAGUCUUGUUUCAAUUGCCUUUGUGAGGAUGUCAUGUGAUACGAGAUGUGCCAGAUGCAAUAUUCAUACGCUGGAAACAAAUAUUGCUUUCAUGCUCUGCUUCCCAGUUCUCUGCAUUCAACAAUAAAGCCCACAUUUUGAUGUCAUCAAAACCAGCAAGAAUGCAAACUGUACAGAAUCUGGGUUGUUCUCUGCUUUCAUGUGGUCCAGCCUCAUUUUUACUAAACAGAUUUUGCUCACACCGGAUCAAGCAAACAUUUUUCAGCUGAAGAAAAUACAGGUGCCGCCAAAAUAUACUCAACCAUGGUUCUUGACCUGAUAUUUGAAGGACUGGAGUAUUAAUUUCUACACUGCACAAAGAAGAAUAAUUUCCUGAAGUCAUUGGAUUAUUGUUGCUGUGUGAAAGUAACAGAGAUGGGGAGGAGAAAACCCUGAUUUGGCACAAGUGAGGAGUAGAAAAAUUGGUGACCACAAUCAAUUCUGGACUAAAUGAAAUAUAAAGAUGGGGACACUGGUCAAACCAGCGCUGCUGCUACUUUUAUGGCAGAGUGUUGGGGCUUUAAACGUCCCUCUCGAAGUCAGACAACCCCCUACUAUCAUAAAGCAGUCAAUGAAAGAGCACAUUGUUGACCCCAAAGGGACCAUGGUAAUAGAGUGUGAAGCCAAAGGAAACCCUCAUCCUAUUUUCUCAUGGAGGCGUAAUGGGAAGUAUUUCAAUGUGGCACGUGACUCUCAGGUGUCAAUGCGCAGGCGCUCAGGGACUCUGGAUAUCUAUGCCCGGAACAAUCCAGAAAAGUAUGAGGCAGAGUAUCAGUGCAUUGCCUCCAACCAGUAUGGAUCUGCAUACUCCCACAAGAUCAUACUACAAUUAUACAGACCCCCUGUGUGGCCAAGAGAGAUUGUGGAGCCUGUGGUGGUGAGUGCUGGCUUGCCACUUGUCCUCUCCUGUGACCCUCCACCUGGCCCACCUAAACCUGAAACAUACUGGAUGUCCAGUUGUUCAUAUGCGAGACCUUUCAACUGGCCCAUUCAGACAGCUUUCCCCACCAUGCAGCCUGUGCGGCAGGACCGCAGGGUUUCCAUGGGAGUCAGUGGAGAUCUAUAUUUCUCUAAUGUGUUGUUCAAUGACUCUGUUGUUGAUUACUGCUGUAAUGCCAGAUUCCCAUACAAGAAUGUCAUUCAGCAGAAGAUGCCUGUAGUUGUGAAGGUGCUUACGACUCGUGCAGUGGUUGAGGCUGCUCCCACCUGGCUGUCUCCCACAGGCUCAUCAAGCUCAGUAUUGGUCCUGCAGGGGGAGGAGCUGCUCCUGGAGUGCAUUGCUGCAGGAAUGCCAACUCCUCACAUUACCUGGGCCAAGGAUGGAGAGGACUUACAAGUGACAUCUCGCAUGAAAGUGAAGAACUUCAACAAAAUGAUUCAAAUCCCAAAAGCAUCUUUUGAAGAUGCAGGUGAAUAUACCUGCACUGCUAAAAAUAGGUUAGGCUACGCUGAGCACACAAUAACUGUCAGGGUCAAAGCGACUCCUUUCUGGUUGGAAAAACCCACCAACCUGAUUUUGGCACCAGAGGAAAAUGGACGGUUGGUGUGUCGCGCUGAUGGGGCUCCUCGUCCCACAAUCAGCUGGUUCAUUAACGGUGAACCGAUUGAAACUGCUACACCACUGCCUAACAGACAGGUAUCAGGAGAAACGCUAAUCUUCCGCAGUGUAACUACGGAAAACACUGCUGUCUACCAAUGCAAUGCUUCAAAUCAGUAUGGCUACUUAUUGGCCAAUGCAUUUAUUAAUGUGCUACAUGCAACGCCACGAAUCCUUGGGGCAAGAAAUGAAUUCAUCAAAGUGACUGAGGGUAGUCGUACCUUUUUAGAUUGCCAGUACUUUGGUUCUCCAUUGCCUGAGUUGAGAUGGUCCAAAUAUGGGCAAGGAAAUCUUGAAGGAAAUCGUUUUAAAACCCACAGCAAUGGGACUCUGGAGAUCAAACAUAUCAAGAUAGAAGACCAAGGAACUUACGUGUGUGUAGUCAGCAACAUUGCAGGGAGAGAUGAGGAUCAAGUCAGAGUAGAGGUCAAAGAACCCAUAUUAAUUGUCACAAGACCACAGAGUAUGAAAGUCAUGCGUGCAACUGAUGUCCGCCUGGAGUGUGGUGUAAAAGCAGAUGUCACGACUCCUAUCACAACCACUUGGUUGAAAAACAAAAAGCAUCUCACUCUUGGUUGGAGAAUCUCAAUGGAUGAAUCAAAUCUAGUGAUUACUAAUGUAAACACAGGCGAUGAGGGAAAUUAUACAUGUGUCAUCAAGAGUGAGCUUGAACAGAAAUCUGCCUCAGCACACCUAAUGGUGAUGGACCGUCCAAAUCCUCCCACUAACUUGGAGUUAUCUGAUCCAUAUGAACGUACUGUAAGACUGAGCUGGGUUCCUGGAGACAGCAACCACAGCCCCAUAACAGGGUUCUUAGUGCAGUAUGACGACGAUGACUGGUUGCCUGGAAAGUGGAGAAAUCUUUCAACGUACCCAGGGAACCUGAACUCUGUCAUUUUGCAUCUCAUACCUUUUACCUACUAUGAGUUCAGAGUCAUCGCUAUUAACGAAAUUGGAGCUAGUCGCCCUAGUCGUCCAUCUAAGCGUUUUCAGACCAGCGGUGCACCUCCAGAUAUCAUCCCAAAGAAUUUAAAAGGUGUAGGUACAUGGAGAAAUAACAUGGAAAUCAGCUGGGAGCCUCUAACCUACAGAGAGUGGAAUGGACCCCAUCUAAAGUAUCUGGUGUGGUGGAGAAGGAGAGAUUCUCGAGAGGAGUGGAAGAAUGCAACCACUAAGUGGCUAAAAUAUUACAUCUAUGAUGCGGAUACCUUUACUCCUUAUGAGAUCAAAGUCCAGGCAGUGAAUGACUUUGGGCUGGGACCAGAGUCUCCUGUUGUCAUUGGUUAUUCUGGUGAAGGCCGCCCAACAACAGCACCCCUGAACCUGAGAGUGUCUGACAUCGAGAGCACUCAGGUGACUCUACACUGGGAUCCAGUGACAAGCGACACAAUUAUGGGAGAACUGAAAGAAUACAAGGUCUACUACUGGAGGGACAGCAGCCAGCUGAGAUGGCACUGGGUUGACAGAGGGAUGAAGUCCAAAGCAUUUCCUAUCAAUGGCCCAGACCCCUCUGGGGUCCUUGAUGACCUUAUUCCCUACAGCAACUACAAAAUGUACAUAGUUGUGGCAAACAAUCGAUACGAAGGGCCGCCAAGUAAUAACAUACAUUUCUCAACACCUGAAGGAGUACCAUCUGCUCCUAGAUCCUUCAGGAUCCAACAGCGACAUCUGGACAGUAUUUAUGUUGACUGGGGCCUGCCAGCAGAGCCCAAUGGCAUAAUUACCGGGUAUUCCCUCAAGUACCAGACAGUGAACGCCACCAGGGGAGAGGAGCUGCGAGUUGAAGAGCUUCCUCCUAAUGUGACAAGCUUCUCAAUCCGCCGAUAUGACCGAUACACUCGAUACAGAUUUUCUGUGGCAGCACGAACUCGCCUAGGGAUAGGCGAAUGGCAUACAGAGGAAUCGCCCCACUACACCACAGAAAUUUAUGCUCAGGAUCAGGUGGAUAUCACCACUCAGGGCUGGUUCAUUGGGAUAAUGUGCGCUGUGGCUCUCAUCGUGCUCAUCCUUCUCAUCGUGUGUUUCAUCAAGCGGAGCAGAGGAGGAAAAUAUCCAGUACGGGAUAAAAAGGACAUUUCACUGGAGCUGGUGGAUGACAAAGAUCAGGAGGGAUCAUUUGAUUAUCGGUCCCUUGAAAGAAUAGCACGUGUGUCCACUCUCCCCUACCCUCGCAGAGAAGAGGAACGAGGGCUUCAAAGAGGUCAGCCAUCUAUUGAGGCAAUGAUGAAGCGAUCAGACAGCGAUGACAGUCUGGUGGAAUAUGGAGAAGGGGGUGAGAUGCCAUUCAAUGAAGAUGGCUCAUUCAUUGGCCAGUACACAGGAACCAGGAGAGACGUCAGGGAGUUGGACUUUGGUGGAAGUCUGGAGCUGCACUCACCAAUAAAUACCAUCUACUCCCUGGCUUAACACUCAGAUGUCAGACUGUGCUUCUGAAAUAAACAGAGCUAUUUGUCAUGUGGUUUCACUAUCCCUGCAUCCUCCACCUUCAAUUUAGAACCUGGAGGAACUUUUAUUUGUCAGCAGGAGGAAACAGCUUGAGAGUAAAGUGCUGUUUAAGCCCUCCUUAUCUUUGCAGACAGCACAACUUUCAGGCAUUUAUGGAAUAAAAUGUAGAAAAGUUGGAAUGAUUUUUCUAUAGAGAUGUGAUUUUUAAAAAAACAAAGCUUUUAUCUCUUUUGUAAAAUACAAAUAUACAUUGUUCAGUUAUGCUAUUAGGAAAGAGACACUUGCUGCGGAUCACAGGAGAUGGAAGUGGAACAGUUUAUCAUGUUGAUAAAAACGGUUACAAGGACUGAUCUAGAUUGGUUCUAUCAUUUUUUUCACUGCUAAUUUCAAGAAAUCUAUUAUUUUUGAAUACUUGCCUGGAGGGGAACCAUCUAUCAAUUCAGUUUUUUCUGCUUAUCCAAUUCACAGUCGCCAGGGGGGCUAAAGCCUAUUCCAGCUGUCCCAGGGUGACAGGCAGGCUAUACUCUGAACAGGUGACCAAUCUGUCACAAGGAUAAAUGCAGGACAGACAACUAUUCACAUUCACACCUAUGGGCAAUUUAGAUCAUAAAUUAACCUAACCCCAUGCCUGUCUUUGGACUAUGGGAGGAAGCUGGACUACCCAGAGAUAACCCACACAGACACGGAGGUUAUCGUGUCCACACAACUGUGCCACAGAAAGGGAACUACAAAUAAAGGAAAAUAAAAACUCUCCAUGGACUAACAAUUCAUUUGUCAGUUUAAAAUUUGAUUCUGUAUGAAACAAGAUGUCAGACCAUUUGAAGAAUCAACUGUGAGCCAUAAAUCAACUAUAAAAUCAGAGGUCACACAUGAACCAGUCUCCUAAUUUCACUCACAGUGGAAAUGACUAAUAUUUAUGUAACAGCAGGUUUUUUGACGACUAAUGCCACCUCUGUAUUAAGACUGUUAUAUCUGAUUUUGAAUAAAGUGAAAGUAUUUCUAGGAUGUUUCAUAUGA